GGGGUAUCCUGGCGGACCGCAACAGAAGACUCCACUCACGUCAAGAGUAAAAAUUAUUAUUGAAAAUUGUGCGGUUAAUUUAACUUCUGUCGUAUUUGUUUAACAGUAAAGGAGUCGUACACAUAGAAAUGUUUAGUUGUUCUCCGUGUUGCUACAUUGCUACACUGUUUGUGUGAGCAAAACACUGUUAGCAUUGUUUUUUUUUACUGGUACUGCUAAAAUAGCUAGCCCAAAAUACCUAUGUGGUCAACUCUGAGAUGAAUUCACGACCAAUUACGACUACGAAGGUUAAUGUAACGGUACGCCGACAUAAUACGAAAUCCAAGAUGGCUGCCAGUUGUGUUAAUAGCAAAAACACUUUACUAAGUUUACUGUUUAUGGCACUUUUGUCGUGUUUGUUUCAAAGCUAAUCAGUCAAACGCAUGGUUGUGUUAAAUGUUUGUGGUUUUAUGUUAUGUUAUGUUGCUAUACUAUUUGCGUGUGAACAAAUAACAUUGCUAAUUACUAACAAUGGCUAGCCCAAAAUACCUUUGUGUCUAUGUUCUUUUUUCCGACUUCUUAACAGGAAAUUGAAGGUGACGUCACUCCCAAUUUUGACUGCUAUGCUAUGUUCCAUUUAUAUCAGAACUCGAAAGUCGAACUUGGAGUGACGUCGCCGCUGAGUUAAUUCCGAGUUGACCAUGCAAACAUAGUUUGGGCUAGCCACUGUUAGCAAAUACCAGGCAAUAACAGCGUCUACGUGGUGUCGUUUUGCGCACAUAAACAACACAGCAAUGCCCUAAAAAUACAACGGUACUAUCAGUAUGACUUAUCUGAAAUUAACCAAAAAAGUACUGUUUGAAUGGUGGCAGUUGGGCGUUCCUUGUCUUGACAAAAGGAAAGUACCAUUGGGCUCCUUUUAUAUCGGAAACAAAUGCAACAGAAGUGAAAUUAACAGUAAAAGUAGCGUCAUUCGAAGCCAUCUUUGAAUCCGUUGGUGAGGUCACUCCGAGUUUCCUAGUCGGAAAUAUCCGAGUUCCUUGACCUCGCACAUUCCCAAAUCUCACCACAAAUGGAAUGCACCAUUACACACUGGACCUUUAAUUAUUUGUUUGCUGUUGUUUUCUUUUUGGCACGCUAAUUGGUGACGUCAUCCACACAUGUUAGUGGAGUUGAGUUGGGCGCGUGCUCUUCCCCAAAUGACAAAAGAGGAAACGCGUGCCAAGGACAAACCGCGCACGCGUUUAAAGCGGUUUUGACGUGCGUCACGUGGAGCGACCCCCACGGAGCGAGGAGCAGAAAGGAGGGGGGAGGGAGGAGGAGGUGUGGCGGUUGUAGUAGCCCACAGUCUUCACUUCACGGUAGCGGCGGAGCGAGACGCGUGUUUGCAGCGCGCGGAUGAGCGGCGAGGCGGCGGCAGAGCGCGCAUUCCUCCACCGUCCUGUUCCCGAACCCGGACCCGGAGCUGAGCUCGGUGCUUUGGACGCAGCGGAGGACUGGACCGGACCGGACCGGGGACUAUGGAGGAUGUCUAUCGUCUGACCCGCAGUCCAGUGUGGGAGGAACUGGAGCCGGAGAAAGGGCCCGCGUCCGCGCCGGGAAUCCAUGCACAUGUGGUGGGAGCUGUGUCCGGCUCCGGAGCCGCGGACGAGUCCUCUGACAGCGAGGCGGAGCAGGAGGGACCGCAGAAGCUGAUCCGGAAAGUGUCCACCUCAGGACAGAUCAGGACCAAGACGAGUAUAAAGGAGGGACUGCUGCUGAAACAGACCAGCUCCUUCCAGAGGUGGAAGAAACGAUACUUCAAACUAAGAGGCCGAACGCUUUACUACGCCAAAGACGCCAAGUCUCUCAUCUUUGACGAGGUGGAUCUGUCAGACGCCAGCGUCGCUGAGUCAAGCACCAAGAAUGUUAACAACAGCUUCACAGUGAUCACUCCGUUCCGUCGGCUCAUCCUCUGCGCUGAGAACAGGAAAGAGAUGGAGGACUGGAUCAGUUCCCUCAAGUCCGUCCAGUCCAGAGAGCAUUACGAGACGGCUCAGUUUAAUGUGGAACAUUUCUCAGGGAUGCACAACUGGUACGCCUGCUCUCACGCACGCCCCACUUUUUGCAACGUCUGUAAAGAUAGCUUGUCUGGCGUCACGUCUCACGGCCUCUCUUGUGAAGUGUGUAAAUUCAAAGCCCACAAACGUUGUGCGGUCAGAGCCACAAACAACUGCAAAUGGACGACGCUGGCGUCCAUCGGGAAGGACAUCAUCGAGGACGAGGACGGGAUUGCGAUGCCUCACCAGUGGUUGGAGGGAAACCUGCCCGUCAGUGCCAAGUGUGCUGUGUGUGAUAAGACGUGCGGAAGUGUUCUGAGACUGCAGGACUGGCGCUGCCUCUGGUGUAAAGCUAUGGUCCACACCGCCUGCAUGGACCUGUAUCCUCGUAAAUGUCCUCUAGGUCAAUGCAAAGUGUCCAUCAUUCCCCCGACUGCACUGAACAGCAUCGACUCAGACGGUUUCUGGAAGGCCACCUGUCCCCCGUCAUGUGCCAGUCCACUCCUGGUUUUCGUCAACUCUAAAAGCGGCGACAACCAGGGAGUGAAAUUCCUGCGACGCUUCAAGCAGCUGCUCAACCCGGCUCAGGUCUUUGACCUGGUCAACGGCGGGCCGCACCUCGGUUUGCGUCUGUUUCAAAAGUUUGACAACUUCCGGAUCCUGGUGUGCGGCGGCGACGGCAGCGUGGGCUGGGUCCUGUCAGAGAUCGACAAACUCAACCUACACAAGCAGUGCCAGCUGGGUGUGUUGCCGCUGGGCACGGGUAACGACCUGGCGCGGGUGCUCGGCUGGGGCCCGUCAUGUGACGACGACGCGCAGCUGCCGCAGAUCCUGGAGAAGCUGGAGAGGGCCAGCACCAAGAUGCUGGACCGCUGGAGCAUCAUGACCUACGAGAUCAAGAUCCCGCCCAAACACAGCUGCCCCACCACGCCCGAGGGAGCCGACGAGUGCCAGUUUCACAUCUCUGCUUAUGAAGACUCAGUAGCUUCUCACCUCACAAAGAUCCUCAACUCAGAGCAGCACUCUGUCGUCAUCUCCUCGGCCAAGAUCUUGUGUGAAACAGUGAAGGACUUUGUUGCCAAAGUGGGAAAAGCCUACGAAAAAAGCACAGAGAACGCAGAGGAGUGUGACUCCAUGUCUCUCAAAUGUGCCAUCCUCAACGAGAAACUGGACUCCCUCCUCCACACCCUCAACAGCGAGUGUCACGCUCUGCCUCCGCUGCUCCACUCUACACCUCCUAUUGUGGAGGAGGAGCAGGAGGAAGAGGAGGAAGAGGAGGAGGAGGAGGAGGAGGGGGAGGAGGUGAGUGAGGAGAGUCUGACGGAGCUGAAGGGAAAGCUGGAGGAGGAGGAGACGGAGAAAGGAGGAGGAGGUUCUCCUCAUCAGCUGUUCAGGAGCAGGGAGCAGCUGAUGCUCCGAGCCAACAGUCUGAAGAAAGCUGUGCGACAGAUCAUCGAUCAGGCAGAGAGAGUGGUGGACGAGCAGAACGCACACACAGACGACAGCGAGCUGCCGUCGCCGCUCGAGUUCAGGAAGGACAGCGAGGACGAGAACCGGGACAGCGAGAAGGACGAGGACACCAAGGAACUGGAAGCAGCGCCAUCCACCAAGAGUCCGUGCUCCCCCACAGAGAGGAGGGUGAGCCGCAGCACACAGUCGUACGCCUCCUUCACCAUCACACCGUUCACCACCAGCAAAGAGAAUCUGCCUGUGCUCAACACACGCAUCAUCUGUCCUGGCCUGCGUGCCGGUCUCGCCGCCUCCAUCGCUGGCAGCUCCAUCAUCAGUAAGAUGUUAUUGGCAAACAUCGACCCGUUUGGUGCCACGCCCUUCAUCGACCCCGACCUGGACUCACUAGAGGGCUACAUGGAGAAGUGUGUGAUGAACAACUACUUCGGCAUCGGUCUGGACGCCAAGAUCUCACUGGAGUUCAACAACAAGAGGGAGGAGCAUCCUGAGAAAUGCAGGAGUCGCACCAAAAACAUGAUGUGGUACGGAGUUCUGGGCACAAAGGAGCUGCUGCAGAGAACCUACAAGAACCUGGAGCAGAAGGUCCAGCUGGAGUGUGACGGUCAGUACAUCCCUCUGCCGAGUCUCCAGGGAAUCGCUGUGUUGAACAUUCCCAGCUACGCAGGCGGGACAAACUUCUGGGGCGGGACCAAGGAGGACGACAUCUUCUGUGCUCCGUCGUUCGAUGAUAAGAUCCUGGAGGUGGUGGCUGUGUUUGGGAGCAUGCAGAUGGCCGUGUCCCGGGUCAUCAAACUGCAGCACCAUCGCAUCGCACAGUGUCGGACAGUGAAGAUCACCAUCCUGGGAGAUGAAGGUGUUCCCAUCCAGGUGGACGGAGAAGCCUGGAUCCAGCCGCCCGGGGUCAUCAAGAUCCAGCACAAGAACCGGGCUCAGAUGCUCACCAGAGACCGGGCGUUUGAGAACACACUGAAGUCGUGGGAGGACAAACUCAAGUAUGACAAAGGUCCUCUGAGGCCACACCUCUACCCACAGCAGUCUGUGGACCUGGCCACUGAGGAGGAGGCCACGCUGGUGCAGAUGUGUGCUCGAGCUGCUGAGGAGCUCAUCACAAGGAUCUGUGAGGCUGCAAAGACCAACGGGCUUUUAGAGCAGGAGCUGGCUCAUGCUGUCAAUGCUGCGUCGCACGCCAUCAACAAGACACACCCCAAGUUUCCAGAGAGUCUGACCAGAAACACGGCGAUAGAAGUGGCCAGCACGGUCAAAGCUCUGUACAACGAGACCGAGUCUCUGCUGCUGGGCAGAGUCUCUCUGCAGCUGGAUCCUCCAGAGGAGGAGCAGCUGUCUGGAGCUCUGCAGACGGCCGAGCUGGAACUGGGAAAACUGGGAGAGAUUCCGUGGCUUUAUCACAUCCUGCAGCCCAACGACGAAGAGGUGAGAGGAUCCACAUCACACACACACACGUUCAUUUAA